GUUAUGUUUAUCGACACGUGAUUGGGCUGUAACGCUUACAGUUAGCUCUUCAAUCAACGACUGAACGCGGCGAGGCUGAAUUGCAGCCUCACUCCGCGGGUGGUGUUUGAUUCACAUUCGCCUUAACGCGGCCUUGACGUCAUGACUAAUGGUGAUUUUUCCAAUCUGGGACAUUGGACAGCGGUCUGGGAUAUUUUUGGUGGGCCCUCAAGAAACAACAUCAAUCACAUCAAGCAGAAGUCUAUGAGGUCAUUGUCAUUGACUUUUCUUUCAGGUCAACCCGCGAUUGAUCGUCAGGGAAAUGGCAGGCCAGGUCCCAGAUAAAAUGCCAUGAAAAGCAAAUUAUUUUCCCUUGAUUAAUCGAAUUGUGGAAUUUCGGGAAUGCUUGGUAUCCGCUGCACUGUUGAUCAACACUGCAGUCUCCAGCCACACCAACAAGAGUCCAACAACAACAAAGUGGUGACGUCAACGCCACAGUGAUAGACCGUGAUAGACCCAGAAGGUAGAUCCAGACCUAUGGUGGGCCCAAAAGCUACUUCUAGCAAAUCUAUAUGCAUCCAUGCGCGAUGGUCCAUGGAAAGCUCCCAAUGCAGCAAUAUCAUGAUCCACAAAUGGCAACUAUGGCCAACUAUGGGCAAGUAUCACCACCUUAAUACUUGCUAGUCUUCCCAGGUCGGACAUUUCUGUUUCUACCCUAAUCCCCCGUUCCCUACCUUCUCGGUCUAUCAUGACGUCUCUCACUUGUCUUACUCGCCAAGCUGAGCUGAAAGCAGUCCCCCUUCACAUGCCUACCCUUGCUUUUGCCAACGGAAAACUUGUUUCCUCUUCUCCUCCACUCCUCUAUCGUGAUCCUUUUUAUGAGGCCAUUCCCGCUCUUCUCCGAGGAAUUUCCUAUCUCAAUACAUCCUCUUUGAUACCCAAUCCCCAGACCUCAUACCUCUUAUUACUGAAAUAAUCAUAAUCAUUUUUUUUAAAAACGUCACCUAUACAAACAAACACCUAUAUAGUCACACUUGGUUGAGAACCAUACCACCGUCGCGAUGGUGUCUCAAGUUGUCAAUCGUCCAACUGACAAGACGAUGAAGGAGAAGGACAUCAACCAGAAGCUGCAGUUAUACGGAAUCCUCACUGCUUUCCAGAAUGGCAAGGUCCCAUCGAAUGACCAGAUUGAUGUCGCGCUCAACAGCUUCAUGAACAAGGAGUUCAUGAGGAAUCCGUCCAGGAAGCUCUCUCCGGAAGGACAGGUCUUGGUGCAGGAUUUCCGCAAGGUGGUCGAGCAAGCCAAGAACCUCAUCCUCACCAAGAACGAUGGCAAUCUUCUUCAGGACUUUGUCUGGCAGACACAGAACCUAGAUGUCAAUGCCAAGGCACCCGGUGCGCCAGUCGAUAGGGACUCGGCGAAGCAGCACGGCAACGAGGUUGCAGAGGGUCUUCGAACCCUGGGAACGCUAGUCAUCUCAAACGGACAGUUCCGUAAGCUCUUGAGCGAUGCUACCGUUCUCCUCCGCGAGAUGGCUGGCGACGCAGCUACCAAGACCGCCGGCAAGGUUGCCCCAUCCCAAGAGCAGCUCGACCAAAUUGACCAGCCUGCUGCGGACAACACUUGGCACGAGACCCCCGACUUGUCAGCUAGCAAACUCAAGGGCCAAUUUAAGUCCGCGGUUAACAAGAACAAGCCUCUUUCCAAGCAGGAUGUUCAGGAGGCUGCUGGUGACGCUGCGCAGGCUGCACACCCCAGCGGGUCUCGCGAUCCGGAAGAUGUCGCGAGACUCGCGGCUUACGAUCGCCAGCAGGGCGAGUACUCUGGCGUUGAUGCUACUUCGGGAGCUCAGCAGGGCAUAGACACGCUGCGCAACCGCGCCUCUGAGAACAUCCCUGAGGAGACGAAGGACAGGGCUCGCCAGACGAAGGAGGUUACCAAGGAGAAGACAAAACAAUACCUCCAAUCCAAGAUGCCCGAGGAGCGCCGCGAGCAGACCAUCUGGAGAUUGAAGAAGAUGAUAGUUGAGAUCCAGGGACACCCUGACUACAAUUCUGCCAUAAACACUCUGCUCACUCUUGCCGAGACCUACGCUGGCCACGCAAGCACCGUCGGCCAGCAGGCAGCCGGCACCGCCAAGGGCGUCCAUUCAAACAACACCCUCCAGAAUGCCGAGGCUGAUCUCAAGGAGCUCAUCGAGCGCUUCGCCAACUACACUUCUACGGACGACCUUUUCGACUCCAUCAAUGCCGUCUACAAGGACGCCGACCGCGAUCCCGAGCUCAAGAACUGGUUCAGGAGCAUGAACAGGUACAUCCGCAAGUGCCUCCAGCAGCAGGGUUACGUCCUCGAGGACGCCGCCACCCGUGAGUGGAAUCAGCUGCACGACCAGGGCAACUUCCUCCUGCGUGACCGCUACAAGAACCACACCGACCGCGUGCUCGACGAGAUCAAGUUCCUCGCCGACCAGUUCGAGAACGACAAGAUGAACAAGCAGUUCGCCCAGUCAUGCCAGAAGCUCUUCACCGACCUAGGCAACGACGAGAACGGCAAGCCGACCUUCAAGCCCCACCUCGUCAAGGACCUGAGCGAGGUCAUCAUCCCCGAGAUCUUCGAGAACGUGCGGUACGUCCCGAUCCCGCGCAUCGAGUACUCGGACCCCAUGUUCGACGUCGUCAUCGAGAACCUGGUGAUCGAGAGCGACAACCUGAUGCCCAACGCCGUCGAGUUCGCCAGCGACAACUACUUCCGCUGGGGCCGCAAGGGCAUCGCCAACCGCAACAAGAACGCGGUGAUGAUCUCCGUGACGGGCGUGCAGAUGGAUCUCCGCGACGUCAGCUUCUACGUGAAGAAGAAGUCCGGGUUCCCCUCGCUGUCGGACAUCGGUAUCGCCGACAUCCUGCUCCACGGCUCGGGCUUCAGCUUCAAGCUCCGCGUCUCGACCGCCGACGCCACGGACCGCCAGAACUUCUUCAAGGUCGACCGCGUCGACGUCGACGUGCAGAACUUCGACAUCAAGCUCAAGAAGUCAAGGCACAAGCUCCUCUUCGGCCUCGUCAAGCCCAUCAUGCUCAAGGUCAUGCGUCCCGCGCUCCAAAAAAUCCUCGGGAAACUCAUCAAAGACAAAUUCAACGAGCUCGACCAAAUGGCCUUCUCCAUCAAGCAAGAAGCCGACAAGGCCGCGCAAGAAGCAAAGAGCGACCCCUCCCAGGCCCAGAACAUCUACCAACGCUACGCCACCGCCGCGCAGAACAAGUUCACCAAGGGCAAGAAGAAGACCGAAGCCGUUGCCGCCGACAAGAAGACCAACCUCGCAAUGACACAGCAUGAUUCCAUCUUCCCCAACGUCCACCUCCCAGGCGGCAUCUCCACCAAGGCGACAGAGUACCGCGACCUCGCCACCAAGGGCGUCAAGUGGGAAAGCCCAAUCUUCAGCAUCGGCUCAGCAGGCCGCACCACCUCCCUCCCCGGCCUCGGUAAAGUAAGCCGUCGCCAGCACGAGACCACGCAAGGCGGCCUCCGCGACCGCGACGAGGUGCUAGGCGCUGGCGCUGUUGGCGCCGGCGUCGGUGGUGUGGGUGGUGCGACGGCGGCGCAUUACGUCCAGACUGAGCCGGCGUACGUGCCUGUCACCCAUGUUGCACCUGUGACCACCACUGCUGUACCUGUGACGACGACGGAGGUGCCGUAUACGAAUGGUAACGGCGCGGCGUUUGGGAAGCAGGCGGAUCAGGCGUUUAAUAAGGCGGAUGGGAUGUACUCGUCGACGGGGACGCUGUUGGGGAGGGGGAACCCGGUGUUGGCGGGGUUGGCGCCGGCGGAUAAGUUUUAAAAGGGGGGUGUUUGAUGGGUGAUGGGUGAUCUCGCCUGAUGUCGUUUUGUUGUCUAUGAUACCACGCGUGCUAAGGGGUAAUGGUGGAUGGUGUAUUCUGUAUUAUUCUUUGUUGUAGGAAAGGUGGUUAGGUUGUAUGAAUUGUUUUUGUGGUCGAUCUAUUGACAAAAUUGUCGCGCAUAUAAUUUAAAUAUAUUGAAAAUCAACUCAACUCAUUAAAUCAAAUAAUUACUCGGAUU